GCAUCUUGGCCUCGCUUCCACCACGAUUCCCCUGUACCCAUGAAACCUCGACAAUGACGCCACCCACAAGCUCGCUACUCUCACCAGAAGAGUUGGCAGCUCACGUAGACACAUGCCACCAGGUAUUCCAGAUAUGGAGCGGCGAUGGGGAGCUCAUCAUCACAAAGGAAGACGAGCAAGCAGUACAACAGCUGGUACAGUAUCUGUCAUUACCUGUCAAGACCUUGGGCUCGCCGGAGUCGGUCCGAGUGCGAGACUCCCUGCCGGCAGCGAUCUCCUUUACCCUUCCGAUAAGUCCCUUUGCCGGAGAAAUUUCCUCUCCCUCUGCCGGAGCAGAAUCGCGCACCCUUCGCCUAGAUGUGAGACUACCGCUUCGCAAAGGCGCCACGCCUGCUGAUUCACACAUGACACUGUCUCUGCAAGACCCUCCUUGGCUUGCCUCUCCUGGGCUCGAGAAGCUCAAAGAGGCUGCUGGACUGGAUCUCUCAACGGAGAAGCAUGAUGGGGCAGCGAGGAUCAUGGACACUGUGGAAGCUCUGUCAGAGGCAGCACUAGAAUCGCAACCAGACGGCAAGUCCGCGCCUGGCCUGUCUUCGGCUCGAUUAGGAGAAUAUGAUCUGGUCGACCCAAGCCCAACAACUUCCGCCUCAUCGGCACAAGUCUGGGCAGUGGACAUCUCUUCUUGGCCUCAGUCCCGAUCCACGACAGCUGCCCUACAACCACUUGUAGAUCGCCUGUUUGCCCACGAAGCCGACGAGAUCGGCUUGAAGGACCAGAAGCAAAGUGUAGCAAAAGUGAUGCGUUACAUGCGCGAGGUGGAUCGGACCCGUGCGUUGGCUGCACUGCUACUGCCCAGGGUCAUGCUGCUCGAGCGCGCAAAGCAGCGAGGAGACGUACUCGGGUGGGACGAGCUCUCGUUCGGAAAGACCAAAGAGGGACGACCGCACCUGGCCUUUCCACCUGACAUUGCGUGCCUCUUGGAUUACAAUGUCACUCACGACUCUGACUGGGUCGCUAUGGCGUCUCGCUUCUCUUCCUCCCCAGCCGAGAAGGUGAGGGUGGGAAUCGAUGUCAUGUCAAUCAACCUACCCCAUUAUGAAGAGUCGGCAACCACUUUCCUAGAGACGAUGGGAGAGACGACUACCAAGACAGAGUCAAAGUGGGUACAAGAGGCUAUUCAAGCGGGGGAAGAAGACGAAGGUCUCAGGAGACUCUACGAUCUUUGGACGCACAAGGAGGCUCUUACGAAGAACAUCGGUCUGGGUAUGGGCUUCGACUUCGCACGCGUGGAAAUAGGUCUAUGGGACUGCGAAGGCGUCCGAGAGGAGCGGCAGAGCAAGUCCGGCGCGGUGUUGAAGCUGGACGGACAGACGACAAACGGCUACACCUUCAAAGAGAUUGUGUUGCCUGCUGGAGCAGGUCCAGGGAGCGAGCAAAACGGGGCUCCGUCGCAAUUGGUUGUAUGCGAAGGUCCAUGGCAUGUUGGUCACCGCGAGCCUCUUGCUAGCGGUGAACAGGGCGACCAAAGCAACAAGACAGACCUUCAGCGCCUUGCCCGAGGUGUCACUCCUGCGGUGGGUCCAGAAGACACCUCGCUGCAAAUUGCUCCUGCUCGAUCUCAUGCUGAGGCGCAGGCCGAGGGCAUUCUGAGAUUAUGGAAGAUGGAAGACCUAGUGGCGGCAGGGGAGAAGCUGAUAGAGGAUAACAACUAGCAUACUUGUGAUAAAUCGUACUGCCCGCAUCAGUGUACUUCAGACAUCAUACAGCAUACACCGCCUUUAAUCUACGAAGCUUAAUUGGCGU